AUGGAAAAAUACACAGUUACUGGACAUAUUGGAGAAGGUGCUCAUGGAAUAGUUCUAAAAGCUCGUUGUUUAGAAACUGGAGAAAUAGUGGCUUUAAAAAAAGUUCCUCUGAAAAAAUUGGAGAAUGGUAUACCAUGUUCUGUGUUACGCGAAAUAAAAGCAUUGCAGCAACUUGACCAUGCAAAUGUGGUUAAACUUCUGGAUGUAUUUCCUUAUGGAUCAUCAGUAGCUCUGGUGUUUGAAUACAUGCCCACAGAUCUUUCCGUGUUGCUUUAUGAUCCAGAUACACCUUUGACAGAAGCUCAAGUCAAAGCUUACAUGAGUAUGUUACUUAAGGGAGUGGAUUAUUGUCAUUCUCUUGGAAUAAUGCAUAGAGACCUGAAACCAGCAAAUCUUCUCAUCAGCUGUACAGGUUGGCUAAAAAUUGCAGAUUUUGGUCUGGCGUGCUUGCUUGAUAAUAAUCCCAAUAAGCAGUAUAGCCACCAGGUGGCCACAAGGUGGUAUCGUGCACCAGAGUUGUUAUAUGGGGCAAGGCAGUACAACCAAGGAGUUGACUUAUGGGCUGUUGGAUGUAUUUUUGGAGAAAUGUUAAACUGCUUCCCUCUGUUCAGGGGUGAUAAUGAUAUUGAACAACUAUCACUUGUGCUUCGAGCACUGGGGACACCUGAUGAACAGAGUUGGCCUGGCAUUACGGAGCUGCCAGACUACAACAAGAUUUCCUUCCCAGAGUAUUCCGUGAUGCCAUUAGAACAACUGGUUCCCGAUGUAUCCAAUAUCGCUCGGGACCUUUUGAGUAAAUUCUUGGUGUAUGAUUCUGAUAAAAGAAUUGAAGCUGCAUCUUUCAAAUAUGCAGCCAAGAAACUGAAGUCACAGAUGUACAAUGAAAUUGAUCUGUUGGUGGUGAGGAUGAUUCUAGCAUGUCUAGUGGAUCAAAUGAUGAGGAUGAUUUUAGCAUGUCUAGUGGAUCAAGUGAUGAGGAUGAUUCUAGCAUGUCUAGUGGAUCAAGUGAUGAGGAUGAUUCUAGCAUGUCUAGUGGAUCAAGUGAUGAGGAUGAUUCUAGCAUGUCUAGUGGAUCAAGUGAUAAGGGUGAAAGAAGCACUGGAACAUGAGUACUUUUAUUCCCUACCUCUCCAGAGUUGUCCUUGUGAUCUGCCAAAACCUAAAGUGGGAAAACAUGGAUUGUGUCCUAAUAUUCCUAGUCCGGAGCUUCAUAUAUCAGUUUCAACUUUUGGUUAGACCAUUGAUAUGGAGCCAUCUUGACUAUCCAGUACAUCAAAAUAUCAACUUCUACUACCGUCCAGUUUGUCACGUUGUUGGUAUAAAAUACAAGUGGUGUGGAACCAAACUUCACAGUGUAAAAUAUCAAUUUAGACCAGUGAUGUCCAGUGCUAUGUCUACUUGAAUUACAAAUGGAACCCCUACUGUAAGCAGGCAAUGCAACCAAAACAGGACCAUGGUAAAGAUAUAACUGAAGUUCACAGACCAAGAUGUAUUUAAAUUAACAUUUGCUCACAAGUUGUAGAUUUGGGAGAGCUUAACCUUUCUGAUUUGUACUGUAUAAAAUAAGCCUCUAAAAUCUUGACCAUUAAUCUUCAGUUUCAAUUGAUGUCAAGGAAACCUUUCUAGGCUUACUUCAAGUGAUUUUAAUGAUAUAUGUGUUGUAUAUAAAUAUUAGAAAUACACCUAUAUAUUGUUGUUGUUGUAAGGUGUUCUAUUGUUACAUGUUCUUUAGAUUAUAUGGUAAAAAUAAUGUGAGAUUCAGUACAUAUAACAAUAACAAAUUAAUUUAUUUAUUCCUUAGCAUUUGCUACAGGCUACUGUGAUUUCUACAUAGUUAGUUGUAGGCCUAAGUUCAGAAACAACGUUUUCACUUUUAACGGAAAUUUAUUUGGUAAUGGUACCACAACUAAUGGAUAAACUUAAUUUCACAGCUAAUAAACUGUGUAACUGAAUGUAUGCCAUAACUAACACUAAUCUGAAUACAACCAAGUUAUAACAUGUGAUUAAUCUCACAGGAAUAAUAAAACAACAGUUUCAUGCAGGAAGCAUUAAAUACUGACUGAAACAUAAACCUCAAACUAACAUUCGUAAGUGAUUUAGCUUGUAUUAAUACAAACACAAUAUCUGCUCUUAAAUAUUUCAAAUGUACAGAACAAUUUUGAGAAUGUCUCUACUGAUAAGCCAAGUUAAUAAAGUUGGCAUUUAUGCA